UCCUUUCCUUCUUCUUCUUCUUCUUGAAAUCCUCUGUGUCUCCAACUCUGUAUUUCUCUCAGAUCUCUUGCUCUUUGGCAUCAACGCCAUUGCUAGGGUUUGCAGAUGGGAAUGCUCCGUGAGGGCGCUGGCUGGUGCCUUUGCGCCGGGGGAGGCAAGUCGGAGAGGAUCAAAGGUGCCAUUUUUUCUGGUAAAGGUCCCGCCUUGGCUGCUAUCUCCUCUGUCCCUGGCGGUGGUUGUGGAACUGGGUUUUUGAUCCACCGUGGCUUGCUUCUCACUACCCAUACUAACAUUCCCACUGUUGCGGCUGCGGAGGCUGCCGAGAUCCGGCUCCACCAUGGCCGCAUCUCGGCCCGCUUGGUCCCUCACAGGUUCUUCAUUACCAGUUCUGUUCUUGAUCUCUCCAUAGUAGGGCUUGAUACCAUUGAUGCUGAUUCAUCUUCACAAGGGCAGCAGCCUCAUUCCUUGAAACCCUGUUGCAAUCCAAGUCUAGACCUGGGCAGUUUGGUUUAUGUUCUAGGGCAUACAAAUAAGAUGGAUUUGACAGUUGGUGAAGGAAAAGUAGUAAUAGCUACUGACAACCUCAUAAAGCUCUCUACAGAUGGAAUGACAUGGUGUCCUGGAUCAGCUGGUUUUGAUGCCCAAGGGAAUCUUGCCUUCAUGGUCUGUGAUCCCAUGAAACUUGCUUCAUCACCGACGGCAAGAUCCUCUUCAGCAUCGUCCUCCUCAUCACUUUCUUGGAAAAAGGAUUCAUCCAUGCAAUUCGGGAUUCCUAUUCCUAUCAUCUUUGAUUGGUUGCAUCAACACUGGGAAGGCAGCUUGGAUGAACUUAGCAAGCCCAAGUUACCUUUGAUUCGUUUAUUGUCUACUGGACAGAAGAGCGAACAUUCUUGUACAUCUUUCACCCAGCGACGGGUCUUCAAGUCAUCAGAGGAGGACAAUGAUGACAUCUCAUCCUCCCCCCAAGUCAUCUUGAGGACAAGAUGUCAACCUGGACCGAGCAAUUCACCCAAUGCUGUUGCAAAUCAAGAAAACCUGGUUGCUGAUUUACGCUCUGCUCAUGAACAAGGUAUUCCCACUCCGGAGAUCUAUGAGUCCCCAAGGUUGACUUCUGGGCCGCUCAGGAAGAAAGAAAACAUUUCAAAUCAUCUCUUGGAUAUAAAUUUUCCUCCGAGAAAUCCAAGAUCCGUUGCAUUACCACUGCCCCUCAAACAACUGCUUCCAGAUCCCAAGGAAAAUAAUGCUGAAGAACCGAAACAACAGAAACUGGUCGUAGAAGCCGGACAUGCAUCACAUGAAAUCCCAGAAUCAAAUGAUGGACAAAAUCCUCCCACUCUUCCUGCCGAUUCUACCCUGUUGGAUUGCUGCAGUGAGGUGCAGUCCAGUUCAUCUCCAGUUGAGGUCUCGGAUUUACAGAUGUAUGGUGAUGGAUUCAGCAGUGAAGGAGAAACCAUGUACUCAGCUGAAACUAUGGAGAGCAGAAACUACCCGAGUCCAAAUCAAAAUAACCUUCAACAAGUCGGCAGGAGCCAAAGUUGUGUGAACUAUAGCAGGUGGACUUCCAGUAUCAGAAACUCAGGGGCUCGGAAGGGCAACUUGCAGAAACAGAAUACCUUUAUCCCUUUACGAAAAACAUACUCGCAAACUCCCGCGGCACCUCAGAGGAGCCAUGAUUAUUACAGUCCAACUGUCUCAUCAAGCAUGAAGAAAAGGAAUAACCAAGAAGAGUCAAGAAAGCCCCGGCAAAGAGAGGUUCAGGUAUCACCAAGAUGGAUGUUCUGAACCUCAUGAAAUCAACAAAUAGUUGUGUUGCAAUUGAUUGUUUUUAUACACCCGCAUUCUUGUCUGAUGUUGUCACCUCCUCGAUAGCGACACUAUUUUUUUCAUUUUUGUGAUUGUAUGUGCAGAAGAAUGUUGUACCAAUGAAUAAACACAUCUGAUCUGAAAGACCGAAAGAAUGAAGGUCUGAUUGUAACAUGUAGACGAGUGAGUAUAUUCGAAACAGUUUCAUGUCAUCCAUAUUCUAGUUUGCUACUUAUCUGUCAAUAUAUAUAUUU